UGUGCUGAACACGACAGGUGUGUCACACCUGUCACUUCCUGUUCAGCUGAGCUCACUCGGUUCGUCAUCAUGGCUGCAGAGGAGCUGGACAAGAUUCGCGUGAUCAACCAGCUGUCAAACCAGGCCCUACAGGAGUAUGAAAGCCUGCAGAAGAAGCAUGACACAGCAACCACGGAGUGCAAGAGGCUGGAGGAGGAGAGAGACAUGGCCAUCAAAGAGCUCAAUGAGAUCCAGCAAGUGUCUCAGAUGGUCAUCGAAGAGGUCAGCGUCAUUCAGGAGAACCUGGAGAUCGAGAGGACGUGUCGAGAAAGUGCUGAAGCCCUGGCCUCUAAGCUGAACCGCCAGAACCGCUCUCUGAAGAGGAAGAGCAUGAUGCUGCUGUCCCACAUCAGCCCAAGCACCAUCGCACAGAUCAGCCUUGAGGACGAAGAGGAGGAGGAAGAUGGUGAAGAUUUAAAUGCCGUCAGCAUGGUCUGCCUCUCCGCUCAGUGCCAGAGCACCAUCUCAGAGCUGCAAAGUAAGUUGGAGUUAACGUCAAAGGAGAAAACUCAAGCACUAACCGAUCUUGAGGCAGUGAGAGACCAACUGAGAGAGACCAGAGAGGAACUGCUGAAGGAGAAACAUGAUAACACUGUUUUAAUUGCUGAGACAGUGCAGCAAAAGAAGCUCCUGGGGAAAUAUAACAGAGUGUCUCAGUUUGCUGUGGAGGAAUACAAGACCCUGCAGGACAUGUUGAGCCUGGAGCAGAGUCUGAGGACAGAGGCAGAGAACUUUGGCAGAGCAAUGGUUGUCGAGCAAAAGAAGCUGCAGAGACAGAGUCAGAUCCUGAUGCAGAGCUCCUCGCCCAGCCACGCUCUACAGGAAGCCCUCAGUCACGUCACCAGACUGACCCAGGAUCUGGAGACACAGAGGCUGGAGCACCACAACCAGAUAAAGCAGAUGGAGGACAGACUGAGAAGCUGUGAGGCCCAGAGGGAGCUGGCGGCAUUGAGGCGCAAACUGGAGCUUGUGGAGGAGGAGAAGAGGGAGUGCAGUGACAAAUGCUCCAAGACUGAAGUGGAGGUCAAGGAUCUGCGGUUUACAGUUGAGGAGCUCCAGAAGAAGCUGCAGGCAGCUACCAACCCAAUCCCCAUCCCAGCACCUCCUCCACCGCCGCCGCCACCACCACCACCACUUCCACCGGCCCUGUCCUCCAACCCACUCAGCUCGCUGUUGUCAUUGAUCCGAAAGAGAAAGGACAUCAGCACUGACAUCCCACUAGAGGACCACGACUCUGCCCAGACACCAGUGGACACGGACGUCAGACAGCAGGCAGUGGACGAAAUGAUGCAGAGGAUCAAGAAGGGUGUUCAGCUUCGACCGGUCGGCCAGUCAGCUAACAGAACCAGGAGACAGAUGCAGAGGCUGCCCUCUAAUUCCGCCAUUCAGGAACUUAAAGGAAUCAUGGGGAAUUUCAAUAGAACCCCCCCUCAAACAAAGGCCGCACCCCCGUCAACAAACCCCGACGAGGAGCUGCGGAGGAUCCUGCUACGACGGCGGGACGCAGCGGAGCCCCGGCCCCACGCCAGUUAGUCUCAGCUCGUUCACUUGAAACCCUCUGAGGUGCGUCCACCAGGUCUCAAUUCUGUCCUCUCCCCUGCAGUGUGACGGUGCCACCAGGCCGAGGUCGGCCCGGACAAGAGUAUCACAGAAAUAAAGACAGGACGUGGGUGAUGGACACGAUGCAGAAUCAAUGUGAAGCAUUUUAUUUUACUGUGCGAGGCUACAAUAUAUAUAUAUAGAAAGGACUAAUGCUUCAGAUUGUGCUCUACUGUCUAUCAAGAUUUUGGUCAUAUAGCACCGCCCCAUACAGUCAGUUUCACAUGUGAAAUCAUGUGACUGUAUCAGGAGGAGUCGGUGACACAGUCAGAUGGGUUCUGGGCGAAGUUUCACCUCAGAAGGAGACAAACGAGAGCAGACGUGCAGAAUGGAGACAAAGUUCCGGUUUCAUUGAUUUCCGCGGAGGCCUUUAGAUUUCAUUGAAUUGAAGGGCGUGUGUAACAAGCCACCCUCUCUGGCUUGGUUCAGCUCCUUUUCUCACAGUGAAGAGAAAGCCCGGCUUAUUGUUUGCAGCGCGAGGAACAGUGAAGCAGGUUUUACAGCCUUGAGCUUUUGCCAGAGCAGAAUGUGUGUGUGAAUGGUUCUGUCUAGACAAGUGUUAACCUUGUAGCCACCUAGUGAGCAAUUACAGGCCACAGUGGCAGAUUUGGUUUCCUCUUCUCCCCUCACUCACACUUCCACCCCUCAGCCUUCUUCUUCGGCCACCAUUUUACGCAGGCUCUGCCUCCUCUCUGCAGCACACGACCUGUGCUGGAGGAGAGAGGACACGCCAGCCCCUCACUUGUUGAUCUUUAACCAACCGGCUCAAACCGAUAUGUUGGUACAGUUACCAGUGAGAAGCACGGUUCAGGAAGAAUAUAGGUUUAGUGGGUUAGAAGAUUAACACCUACGGAACGUUAUCACAAGUCACUCAUGAGGUAUUUGUUCUUUUCUUAUUUGAUUCUGCAGAACAGUCACGUCACCCACGUCCAAGGCGCUCCGACAAGAUCCCGUAAUUAAGUUGUUUUAGAAUAUUGGUUAAAAAAGAAACGGCUUUCUGAGCUCGUCUUUAUUGGCAGAUGAUUUGUUUCUGUCUUUUCAUUUAUUCCACAGCUUCAUUAGAAUCAAGUCACUAGAAAGAUGAAUUUUACCAUUUUAAUUUUGUCGUCUCCUGCUGUGGUCAAAGUGAUUUAUGGGGAUUUCCUGUCAUUUCUCUGUGACGCUCGUGAAUCUGUUUGCUACAAUUGUUUAUUAUCAUUUUCUACUUCAUUUAUAAUCUACAAUCCCUCCCUAAAGUGGAACCAGCUCCAUUCUCUCUGCCUUUGAGAACCGUCACGUCUGUAUCAGACUUUGUUCGAAAGAUUUUGCUGCAGAGCAUGAUGGUCCACUGAGGCAACCUGUGAUGGUAAAUGUAAGAAACUUGAUUUUGGUUCUGAGUGAAUA